AUAUAGGACUGUGGCUGAGAUCAGAGGAGAAGACGUAUUGCGUAAUGAAGAGGAAAUACUUGAACAGAAAGUCCAAAGAGAGGUCAUCUGCGGACGGAGUAACGGACAGACAGAAUUCCUUUAGUGCCGAUCAACAUGCCAAACCCAAAUAAUGUGGGAUCACUGCCUCGUCCACAGCUUUUUGACUUUGAUGGAGUUGCAAUGAUCAAGGCUUUUACAGACAACUGGGAAAAUGUGCAAAACUUUCAAGCGCGACCGGAUGAUAUAGUUGUUGCAACAUAUCCCAAAGCAGGAACAACAUGGGUCUCCUGCAUACUGGACCUGCUCUAUUUUGGACAGACAGCUCCAGAGCGGCAGACCUCCAUCCCUAUCUAUGAAAGAGUGCCCUUUUUGGAAAUGUCCAUCUCUAACCCUGAUGAAGGUAUCAACUUUGUGGGAGUAGAUAUGGUCCACAAACUCACCACAACACCACGUUUAAUUAAAACUCAUUUUCCAGUACAAUUUCUUCCGAAGUCAUUCUGGGAGCAUAACUGCAAGAUUGUGUAUGUGGCCCGUAAUGCUAAGGACAACAUGGUGUCCUAUUACCACUUUGAUCGCAUGAAUGCAGUCCAACCUGCAGCUGGAGAAUGGAGUGACUUCUUCCAGAGAUUUUUAGAUGGACAAAUGGUAUUUGGAUCAUGGUAUGACCAUGUAAACGGCUGGUGGCAGAAGAAAAAGACCUACUCAAAUCUGCAUUACAUGUUUUUUGAGGACCUUGUUGAGAACACAGAACUGGAAAUAAAUAAACUGUGCAGCUUCCUUGGGCUGUCAGUUAGCCCAGAGAUUAAACAACACAUCACAGGCCAAGUCCAGUUUGACAACAUGAAGAAGAACAAGAUGACCAAUUACUCCACAUUAAGCGGUGCAGUUAUGGAUUUCAAAACAUCUCCCUUCAUGAGAAAAGGAAAAGUUGGUGACUGGAAAAAUCACUUCACUGUGGCCCAAAAUGAGAAAUUUGAUGAAGAUUAUAAACAAAAAAUGAAGGACCCGUCGCUGCAGUUUCGCUCAUUAUUAUGAAUGAAAGCAUAUUUGUUAAUCUUUGCCUCUGUAAAGCAGCAACGUGGGAGAAGUUGGGAAAUCACCACUGGGUGGUGCUCUAUACAAACAUUUAUAAUAAAACUAGAUGAUGCAGAAUCAACA